AUGGAGGAGGAAUAUAAGAAGGAAGGGGUUUGGUGGAAGGGAGGGGAAGAAGAAAGGCAGAGGAAGGAAUUGGAAAAAGUGUGGAAGAAAAAUGGGAAGAGGAAAAGGGAAGAGGAAGAAAAAGAAGUAAAAAAGGAUGAAGAAAAUAAUUUUAAUUUUGAGGAAAUCCCUUCACAAGAUUCCAAUGAUAGCUGUAUUUACGAUAAUGAUACUUUAAGAAAGGUGGAAGAUAUGUAUUUGUGUGAUGAGAAGGAGGAGGAUUAUUUAUUUUGUGAUGAAGAUGAAGAAAAUAUUUUUUGA